CCCACUUUCCCACCCCGUUUUCCUCCCCUUUUCCCCUCUCAUCCUUCUCAGUUCAUCUUCGACGACCUCAGCAGCUCCGUGUCCCUGUCCUGGGUUGGUGACAGCACUGGGGUGAUCCUGAGCUUUGGGCAAUCCAAACUGUACCGGAGUGAGGACUAUGGGAAAAGCUUCCUGGACAUCUCCAGCCUCAUCAACAACACCUUCAUCCGCACCGAGUUCGGUGUGGCCAUCGGGCCCGGCAACUCCGGGAAGGUGAUCCUCACCGGGGAUGUCUCCGCUGGGAGCCGCGGGGGCCGCAUCUUCCGCUCCCUGGAUUUUGCCAGGAAUUUCAUCCAGACGGAUCUGCCCUUCCAGCCGCUGGUGCAGCUCAGCUACAGCCCGCGGGACCCCGACUGCCUGCUGGCGCUCAGCACCGAGAACGGGCUCUGGGUCUCCAGGGACUUCGGGCACAAAUGGGUCCUGAUCCACAGAGCCGUGUGCUUGGCCAAGUGGGGCGCGGAUGGGACCAUCUUCUUCACCACCUUCCUGAACAACUCCUGCAAAGCUGAUCUGGGCUUCCUGGAGCUCAAGAAAACCUCGGACUUCGGCUCCUCCUUCAAGGUCAUCGGCACCAAGAUCUAUUCCUUCGGCCUGGGGGGACGCUUCCUCUUCGCCUCCGUUAUGACAGAGCAGGGGACCACGAGGCGCAUCCACGUCUCCCUGGACCAAGGGGAGAGCUGGAACAUGGCCCAGCUGCCCUCCGUGGGCCACGAGCAGUUUUACUCCAUCCUAGCAGCCAACGAGGACCUGGUCUUCAUGCACGUGGAUGAGCCGGGCGACACUGGCUUCGGCACCAUCUACACCUCGGACGACCGCGGCAUCGUCUACUCCAAGUCCCUGGAGCGGCACCUUUACACCACGACGGGGGGGGAGACCGACUUCACCAACGUCACCUCCCUGCGCGGCAUCUUCAUCACCAGCGUCCUCUCCGAGGAUAACUCCAUCCAGUCCGUGAUCACUUUUGACCGGGGGGGGCAGUGGGUGCCCCUGCGCAAGCCCAAGAACACCUCGUGUGACUCCACGGCCCGGAGCAAGGACGAGUGCAGCCUCCACAUCCACGCCUCCUACAGCAUCUCCCAGAAGCUCAACGUGCCCAUGGCGCCGCUCUCGGAGCCCAACGCCGUCGGCAUCGUCAUCGCUCACGGCAGCGUGGGGGGGGCCAUCUCGGUGAUGACCCCCGACGUGUACAUCUCCGACGACGGGGGCUACACGUGGGCGCGGAUGCUGGAGGGGCCGCACCAUUAUUCCAUCCUGGACUCGGGCGGCCUCAUCGUGGCCGUGGAGCACAGCAGCCAACCCAUCAACACCAUCGAGUUCUCCACGGACGAGGGGCAGUGCUGGUACCGGUACCCCUUCUCCAAGGAGCCCAUCUUCUUCACGGGGCUGGCGUCGGAGCCGGGCGCCCGCUCCAUGACCGUCAGUGUGUGGGGCUUCCGCGGCAGCUUCUUCUUCCGCAAGUGGGUCUCCUACACCAUCGACUUCAGCGAGCUGCUGAGCAGGGCCUGUGAGGACAAGGACUACACCAUCUGGCUGGCGCACUCCAGCGAUCCCGGCGACCCCGGCGACGGCUGCAUCCUGGGCUACAAGGAGCAGUACCGGCGGCUGCGCAAGGCCUCCGUGUGCCGCAACGGCCGCGACUACGUGGUCACCAAGCAGCCGUCCGUGUGCCCCUGCACGCUGCAGGACUUCCUCUGUGAUUUCGGCUACUACCGCCCGGAGAACCAGUCCGAGUGCGUGGAGCAGCCGGAGCUGAAGGGCCACGACCUGGAAUUCUGCCUCUACGGCCGCCGGGAGCUGCUCAGGACCAGCGGGUACCGGAAGAUCCCUGGGGAUAAAUGCUCCGGAGGGGAGAGCCCGGCGCGGGAGGAGACGGACAUGAAGAAGAAAUGCACCAGCAACCUGCUGAGCCCCAGCCCACUGGCCGCCCCCCGCAGCCCCGCUGCCGCCAUCCUGGCCGUGGGCACCGCGCUGCUGCUGACCGCGGCCAUCGCCGUGCUUCUGGUCAAGAAAUACGUGUGUGGGGGCAGGUUCCUGGUGCAGCGCUACUCGGUGC